AUGGAGGGCCUAUUAUUCAACGUCAACAAUGGCUACAUCGAGGGUAUCGUCCGUGGAUACAGGAACAGCCUGUUGACGGGCGCCAACUAUACCAACAUGACGCAAUGCGAAUCGAUUGAUGACCUCAAACUCCAACUCGGACCUGCAUACGGCGACUUCCUCGCCUCUCUCCCACCCAACCCUUCGACCUCCGCUCUCGCCGCCAAGACCACCGACAAGCUGGUCUCCGAGUUCCGCUAUGUCCGCGCCAACGCGACCGGCUCCCUGGCCAAGUUCAUGGACUACCUCACCUACGGCUACAUGAUCGACAACGUCGCCCUUCUUAUCACGGGCACCCUUCACGAGCGCGACACUCGCGAGCUGCUCGAGCGCUGCCACCCGCUUGGCUGGUUCGAGACCAUGCCCGUCCUCUGCGUGGCCACCAAUAUCGAGGAGCUGUACAACAGCGUGCUGAUCGAGACACCACUGGCCCCUUACUUCAAGGGUAGUCUUUCACACCAGGAUCUGGAUGAGCUCAACAUCGAGAUUGUGCGCAACACGCUGUACAAGAACUACCUGGAGGAUUUCUACAACUUUGUCAACACCCACCCCGAUAUGGCCGGGACCCCGACUGCCGAGGUGAUGACGGAGCUGCUGGAGUUUGAGGCGGACAGGCGCGCUAUCAACAUCACUCUGAACUCUUUCGGCACUGAGCUGUCCAAGGCGGACCGUAAGAAGCUCUACCCCAGUUUCGGCCAGCUGUACCCGGAGGGGACGCUCAUGCUGUCGCGGGCGGAUGAUUUCGAGGGUGUGAGGCUGGCUGUUGAGGGUGUGGCUGAUUACAAGUCCUUCUUCGAUGCUGCUGGUCUCGGAGGCGGUCCUAGCGGUCCCGGUAACAUGGGCGGCGGUGGAAGUGAGGGCAAGAGUCUGGAGGACAUGUUUUACCAGAAGGAGAUGGAGAUUUCCAAGGGUGCGUUCACAAGGCAAUUUACCUUUGCCAUAGUGUAUGCGUGGGUUAAGCUGAGAGAGCAGGAAAUCCGCAACAUCACUUGGAUCGCCGAGUGCAUAGCGCAGAACCAGAAGGAGAGGAUCAACAACUACAUUAGCGUUUUCUAA